AUGCUUUCUCUUAUUCCUGAUCCGCCAGUUCCCGAACUUAUAGAAUUUUGCCAAAAUGAAAAUAUUCGUAAUAUUCAUCUUCAAGUCGCCAAAUUUAAAGAUAAUGUACCGUUAAGUUAUAGUAAAGCUAUUCAGUCUGUUCAAGUUGAUGGUGCUAAUGUCACUGGUUUGGUAGUUGCUUGUUUAAGAAAAUUACAAAUGUGGAGCAUUCCUUCAGUAAUGGGUGAAUUCUUAAGAUAUCUUCGUGGUGGUGUAAUAUCUUUUGAAGAAAGCGAAUUUAUUGAAAAAUUUUCUGCAGAGAUUGAAAUUCCUUAUACAAUUCCUUCAUGGUUAUGGGAAGGUAAAGUUACAUUUGACAAACAUCCCACUUUGAAAUUAAAAUUUAAGGAUCCUGGAAUGAUUGAACAAUUUGAACAAAAGAAACAAAAAAAGAAAAGUAUUGAAGAAGAUGUCAAUCGAAAAAGAGUUGGUGGCGAUUUAUUGGAAUCUUUCACCAAAGUUCAAACAAAAUAUGGUGAAAAUGUAAUAGAAGAUGAAGAAACUGAAGUGUCAAUGACAUUACAAGCAUUGGCUUUAGAAGUAUUUUAUCAGAAAUUCCUUCUUCAUAUAAGAUGA